AACCCAUUAAAAAAUAAACACCGUCACCCCGCAAUGUCCACGCCCUUUCACCAGUCCCACUCCUUCCCUUCCUCCCUCUCACUCUCUCCACCGCCAAACCCCUCGCCCGCUCUCUCCUCUCCUCUCCUCUCCUCUCCUCUCCUCUUCUCUUGUCCCCUCCAAGAAUCAAGAAGAGAGAGCGAGAGCGAACGAGGGAGAGAGAGAAGCGAUCGGGGGGUGAUCGGGAUCGAUCGAUUGCUGGAUCUUGGGAUGCGGUCCGGGGAGAUGAAGUUCUCGGCGUUGGAUCUGAUGUCGGCCAUCCUCACCGGGAAGUACGACGGGAAGGGGGUGCCGCCGGAGGUCCGGGGGAUUGCCAGCAACCGGGAGCUGCUGGCGGUGCUCACCACGUCGGUGGCGUUGCUGCUCGGGUGCGCGCUCAUGCUGCUCUGGCGGAGAUCCGGCGGCAAGAAGGCAACCCCGGCGGUCGAGCUGUCGCGGCCGCUGGGGGUCGGGGAGGAGCCGGAGCAGGAGGUCGAUGACGGGAGGAAGAAGAUCACCGUCUUCUUUGGUACCCAGACCGGCACCGCGGAAGGGUUCGCCAAGUCUCUGACCGAGGAGGCGAGAGCUCGAUAUGAGAAGGCUGUCUUCAAAGUUGUUGAUCUGGAUGAUUACGCAGCUGAUGACGAUGAGUACGAGGAGAAGAUGAAGAAAGAGACGUUGGCGCUGUUCUUCAUGGCAACUUACGGAGAUGGUGAACCAACAGAUAAUGCUGCUAGAUUCUAUAAAUGGUUUACUGAGGGGAAAGAGAGAGGGGUUUGGCUUCAGAAUCUUCAAUAUGCUGUGUUUGGUCUGGGGAACAGACAGUAUGAGCAUUUCAACAAGGUCGCAAAGGAGGUGGAUGAGAUCCUUGCCGAUCAAGGUGGGAAACGCCUAAUUCCAAUUGGCCUUGGAGAUGAUGAUCAGUGCAUUGAGGAUGACUUUGCUUCAUGGAAGGAGCUGGUGUGGCCGGAGUUGGAUCAUUUGCUUCGAGAUGAAGAUGAUGCACCUGGUGCAUCUACCCAUUACACUGCUGCCAUACCUGAAUACCGGGUUGUGUUCCUUAACAGUGCAAAUGCAUUACAUAUGGAGAGGAACUGGAGUCUUGCCAAUGGACAUGCUGUUCAUGACCUUCAACAUCCUAGCAGAGCUAAUGUGGCUGUGAGGCGGGAGCUACAUACACCAGCUUCUGAUCGUUCCUGCAUUCAUCUUGAGUUUGACAUUUCUGGAACUGGACUUGCGUAUGAAACUGGAGACCAUGUUGGUGUUUAUUCAGAGAAUUGUGUUGAGAUUGUGGAGGAGGCUGAAAGACUAUUAGGUUAUUCAUCAGAUACAUUCUUCUCCCUACAUGCAAACAAAGAGGAUGGCACGCCAUUAAGUAGCAGCUCUCUGCCGCCUCCUUUCCCAUCUCCUUGCACUUUGAGAACUGCGCUUGCUCGAUAUGCUGACCUUCUAAAUUCACCAAAGAAGGCUGCUUUAGUUUCUCUAGCUGCCCAUGCUUCUAAUCCAAGUGAAGCCGAACGAUUAAGAUAUCUAGCUUCUCCUGCAGGAAAGGAUGAAUAUUCUCAAUGGAUAGUCGCAAGUCAGAGGAGCCUUCUUGAAGUUAUGGCUGAAUUUUCUUCAGCCAAGCCUCCUCUAGGUGUUUUCUUUGCAGCUAUAGCUCCUCGCUUGCAGCCUCGAUAUUAUUCUAUAUCAUCUUCUCCAAGGAUGAUACCUUCUAGAAUUCAUGUCACAUGUGCAUUAGUGCAUGGACCAACACCAACAGGAAGGAUUCAUAACGGAGUUUGUUCAACCUGGAUGAAGAAUUCAGUCCCAUUGGAGGAGAGCCAAGAAUGUAGCUGGGCUCCUAUUUUUGUCAGACAAUCAAAUUUUAAAUUGCCUGCAGAUAACUCUGUGCCAAUUAUCAUGAUUGGACCUGGCACAGGACUGGCACCCUUUAGGGGUUUCUUGCAGGAAAGGUUGGCACUCAAGGAGUCUGGAGCUGCACUUGGCCCUGCUAUUCUCUUCUUUGGAUGCAGGAACCGUAAAAUGGACUUCAUUUACGAGGAUGAGCUGAACAAUUUUGUAAAAGCAGGGGCGUUGUCUGAGCUAAUUGUUGCUUUCUCUCGUGAAGGUCCAGCCAAAGAAUAUGUGCAGCACAAGAUGGCUGAGAAGGCUGCAGUUAUCUGGGACAUCAUCAUUUCCAAGGGCGGUUAUAUAUAUGUUUGUGGUGAUGCUAAAGGCAUGGCUAGAGAUGUCCACCGAGUUCUUCACACCAUACUUCAAGAGCAGGGGUCUCUGGAUAGCUCUAAGGCUGAGAGCGUGGUGAAGAAUCUGCAGAUGGAAGGGAGGUACUUGCGUGAUGUGUGGUGAGCUUCCCGUGAAACGGCUUCCAGUGGAUUGUUUAAAGCUCAAGCACUUGACUGCCGUACACAGGGAUUCGAAACAGAGUUUCCAGUGGGUGGCAUUUCACUGUGUCCCUAUGUCGCAACUUAGGAAGUACAUGUUUGUCUUUAAUUAUGAUUUUCCGAUCCUCUAACAAGGAUUUUGCUGUGUAAUAUAAUAUCUCCUCUAUUUUUCGGCAGGAAUAUUCAUCGGAGAAGAAAUAAGAGUGCACUCACUUUGUAGUUUCUUGAUAGAGGCGACCCCUACGGUCGGAAUGCGGAAGACUUCUAUAUCAGCCUUUAGUAAUUAUGUAUAAUUCAAACAAUGUUGCUAUAAGAUCAUUUUAAUAAAGAGAUGGUGGUGAUGUUGAACUUAAAA